UCCACAAUGACAGAAUCUAUGAAUUCCCUGGACAAGAAAUUUCUCUUUUACUGUUAUGGAUUGGUCCUCAGAGAAUCCGUGGAGAACAUAAAAGUGAGGAAAUACUUGUUUGCUCUCCUAGAGCUGUCUCACCAGGCAGCCUUCCAACGAGAGGGCAUAGCACUAGCAGUUGGGCUGGCAUCCUCUAGCCACCUAGAAGAAACCUGGGCUGUACUGGAGCAAUUUGGCCAAAAAAGAAUACUGAGGCUUGGCCUACAUUCCACUAGCCACAAGAGCAUUCAUGACAUUUCUUGGAGGUGGGCAAGCAGUACAGCCCUGCUAUGCUACGGGCAGAUGGCGAUUCAUGCCAAGAGCAGCAUCCUCCCAUGGGUGGACAAAAUCAUCUCCAGAAUGGCGUACUACUUCAAAUUCUGCAAAUAUGAUGAAGUUCUAAAGAGUAGUUUCCUCCGUUCCACGGCCAUGAUCUCCACAGUACUCAAAAGAGUACUCCAGAGAGAUAAUGGAGCAAAGAGCUACACAUUCAAACAGCUCUCAUGUCUAAUCGACUGUAUACUGAUCAGUAUUCAGAAGGAACCUCGAGAAUUUUUUGACACAUAUUUUCAUCAGAAGAGCCUACAAGUUAUCAGCGCACUGAGCUCUCUACAACAAUGUCUCGAUGCAAAGGUCAAAACUAAUGUGCUCAGUACCUGCUUUGAAAGCCUGUUCAUGCUUCCAGCCACAGGGAUGUUAGCAAACAGUCUUCCUCAUCAGGAGACUCCAUCUGAAAUUGAGUACCUGUAUGACAAGAUGCUGGAGAACCUUGAUCAGCUUCUCCAGUGUUUCCUCUCUGAGCAUCAGACAAUGGAAGAGCUCCAAUUUCUCCUGCAGCACUUUGAGCCCUGGCUCAUGGCCAAUGAGACUCAUGCUCGGCUCCGGGCCCUGAAGACUGCUUUGAGGCUCCUCCAGUACUCCCAGGAAAACUUGAAUCUGAUUUCUGAUACAUCACUGGAAAUGAUGGGGCAUCAGUUAGCUUUGUUCAGUCUUCUUUGGAGAGAUGAGAGUGAAGAAAAUCAGCGCUGUGCUCGACAAUGCAUUUUGCUCCUCGUACAGCUCCUGAUACAUGAAAGGACUGAGGAAAACAGUAAGUGCCUAUAUACAUCGAAGCAAAUGAAGAAUUUGGACAUGAAGUUGCUGAAGGAAGUGAAUAAAAAUUGCUCCCAUCUAGUAAAGGUAUUUGGGCAAAACCUCUCAGUGAAUCAAAACACCCAACUCAUCCUGACCUUCCUGAGCAGCCUAAAGAGCAACAACCAGAUCCGGGCCAAUCUGGCUUUGGAGCUGUUCAACUGCUUCCUAGAGACCCAAGGACUCGAGACUGAGCAGGUGGCAGAAGUGUUUCAGGGCAUAUACAAGGUGUUCCCCUUUGUCACAUUCUCGAAUGUUCAGCUGUCCCUUCUGAAAACUAUCCCGAAGUUUGGGCAACAGCACACUCAGGAAGUGGUGGAAGUACUCCUGUCCUUCGCCCGACCAGUGGACAGGCAGGUCAUGGAGAUGUGGAAGAUCCUGGCAAUGGAUAAAAAUCUGAUGAGGAGACUCGUGACCCUGCUGUACCUGAAAAUGAAGAAUCGGCCAUCGGAAGAAGACAUGAUUUCAAAAAACAUAAUGGAUAAGACAGAACUGGAGUCCAUAGAGGCACUGAAUACAGUGUAUGAGCUCCUCUACAUCCGGGAGUUCCGGAUAACAGUCCAUUGGGCCUUUUCCGGGAUUUUUUUGGGCCUGUUGACACAGCUGCACUACCUCUUUGAACUGGACAUGGUUGACAACUCUCUGGACAAUUUUGAAGAUAUCCUGAAGCUGGAGUAUCUCAGUCCUUUCAGGACAUGCCUAGAGGCCCUGAAAGGUCUCUUUUGGACCACUGACAACUGGGAGAUAUUUGCCUAUAUGAAGCUACAACAGGGCUGGGACCUUUUCACGAAUAUGAAUACAUUCAAACAGGGUGUGACCCUCCUGACCAGAGCCAUAACUCACUACAAGUGUGAGAUCAAGAGCAUUUUAAGUCAUGCUAUGCGUAGCAUGAAGAGUCCAUAUGAGCGGGAUCAUUUGGUAGGCAUCCUCGUUAUCACUGAGCUUCUCAACAGCAAAGAGGUCCCACGCUAUAAGUCUCGGUGGUCUAUCCGGAGCUUCCUACUUUCAUCCUUGAGAAAUUCCAAUAAGGAGGUACAAACCAUGAGUUUGCAGGGGUUGGGCAGCCUUCUGCUUCAACCUAAGAAGGGAGAUCUGCUCCGGAACCAACUGUCAGACAUGAUGGAAAAAUUGUUGCUUAAGGAAGAGGAGAACAUUUUGGUACUUAUGAGCAUCAUUGGUGAAAUCCUGCAUCGUCUGACUUUACAAGGUGCUGGCUCCAACAGCCUCAAGGUGGCAGAGAAGCUGUUUGACCUCUUUGAUGACGAGAGAGACGAGGUUCGAGGAGAAGCCAUCUUCCUCUAUGGAGACGUGAUCUAUAGUGGUGGGAAGAAGUAUGAGCAACAAUUGAAGAUACAUGCUUUUCAGUGCCUGGUUCCUCUCCUCUUCCAUCUGGCUGACCCAUGCCCAGAGGUUGUUGUGAAGACUAAGUCCACAUUCAUGCGUCUUGCCAUAUUACUCAACUGGGGCUUUCGAAAAGAACUGUUCAACGCAUUGGCCUGGCGUGAGGGUCUGGGAGCUGAGAAAGACAUUUUUCUCUACAUGGUGGAGAGCAAUUUUGGAGAGUACCAUUUGUUCCUCCUGCAGGCUUUUAUGUACGUCAAGAGCCCUCAGAAGAACCUCCAACAGGCAGCCAUGAAGUUUAUUGGUGGAAUGCUUCAGGAGUAUUUUUCUGAUCUCUGCUUUUAUUUGAACAAGUCAGAUGUGAAGCUACUGACAAAAAUUUCUUCUUAGGACCAAUCAUCACCAAAUCUUGUUUCUCUCCACCUCAUCUUGG